AGAGAGGGAGAGGGUAGAGGGAGAUGGUGGCGAUGGGGGGGAAGGGUUUGGGGCGGCUCCUAGCGGCGCUUGCGGCGGCGCUCUUCCUCCGCGCCGUCGCCGGCCCCGGCCCCGCGCUUCCCCUGCCGGAGUACGCCGACGAGGACGCGGCGGAGCGCGGCGGCGCCGUCGCCGGAGACGACGAGGGGGAGGAGGGGGAGGAUGCGGUCGCCGGAGGAGGAGGGGCGGUGGCGCCGGUGACCAUCCGCUGGAGCGGCGUCACCUGCGCCCUCUCCGACAAGCGCGGGAAAACGAUGAGAUUUUUGCUGUCGAAUGUAAGUGGAGAGGCGAAACCAGGAAGAUUACUAGCAAUCAUGGGCCCUUCGGGGUCGGGGAAGACAACUUUGCUUAAUGUGCUAGCUGGACAGCUUGCGGCAUCACCUCGCUUGCAUCUUUCCGGGUAUUUGGAAGUUAAUGGGAGGCCGAUGUCGCGAGGUGGUUACAAGAUUGCUUAUGUGAGGCAAGAGGACCUUUUUUUCUCGCAGUUGACUGUGCGAGAAACACUUUCACUUGCUGUUGAACUCCAGCUUCCUGAUUCAUUGCCACCUGAGAAGAGGGAGAAGUACGUCGGCGAGCUUCUGUUCAGGCUGGGCUUGGUCAGUUGUGCUGAUUCUAUUGUGGGCGAUGCAAAAGUUCGAGGCAUUAGUGGCGGUGAAAAGAAGCGCCUAUCACUUGCUUGUGAAUUGAUUGCUAGUCCAUCUGUCAUCUUUGCUGACGAACCAACUACCGGUCUGGAUGCCUUUCAGGCAGAGAAAGUGAUGGAAACUCUUAGACAGCUUGCGGAAGAUGGACAUACUGUGAUCUGCUCUAUACACCAGCCAAGAGGUUCAGUCUACAGCAAAUUUGAUGACAUUGUAUUAUUAUCCGAGGGAUCAGUUGUAUACAUGGGUCCUGCAAAAGAAGAACCUCUGACCUACUUUGCUACAUUUGGGUUUCAAUGCCCGGACCAUGUGAACCCAGCUGAGUUUCUUGCUGAUCUCAUUUCAAUCGAUUAUAGUUCUGCUGAAAGUGUACAUUCUUCUCAGAAAAGAAUCGAUGAUCUUGUUGAAGCAUUUGCUAACAGGAUUCCAAUUACUGAGUGUAUCAGUCCAAUUACAAUUUUGGGGACCUCCAAAUUUCCAGCAAAAGUUGGCAGGAAAACUCUAGUUAAGAAGAGAAGUGGUUGGUGGAGGCAAUUCUGGUUGCUUCUUAAACGAGCUUGGAUGCAGGCUUGGCGUGAUGGACCAACAAACAAAGUGAGGUCGAGAAUGUCCAUCGCUUCAGCAAUCAUAUUCGGAUCAGUCUUCUGGCGGAUGGGGAGAAGUCAGACAUCCAUACAGGACAGGAUGGGACUUCUUCAGGUGGCUGCAAUUAACACAGCAAUGGCGGCUCUUACCAAGACUGUUGGAGUUUUCCCAAAGGAACGUGCAAUAGUAGAUAGGGAACGUGCUAAGGGUUCCUAUUCCUUGGGCCCAUAUCUUUUGUCUAAAUUGCUUGCUGAAAUCCCUAUAGGAGCAGCAUUUCCAUUAAUGUUUGGUACAAUUUUAUACCCAAUGGCUCGUCUUCAUCCUACUAUAUCCAGAUUCGCUAAGUUCUGUGGCAUAGUGACUGUCGAAUCCUUCGCCGCAUCUGCCAUGGGUCUUACCGUUGGGGCGAUGGUCCCUACAACUGAGGCAGCAAUGGCUGUUGGGCCAUCACUUAUGACUGUAUUCAUUGUCUUUGGAGGCUAUUAUGUCAAUGCCGAGAAUACCCCCAUCGUCUUCCGAUGGAUCCCUCGAGUCUCUCUCAUCAGAUGGGCUUUCCAAGGGCUUUGCAUUAAUGAAUUCAGUGGUCUCGAAUUUGAGCAUCAGAAUAGUUUUGAUGUACAGACUGGAGAACAGGUUUUGGAGAGGCUUUCCUUCGGAGGAAGCCGCAUCGGGGAUACGAUGAUCGCGCAGGGAAGGAUUUUGAUGUUCUGGUACUGGACAACUUACCUACUGCUGAAGAAAAACAAGCCAAAAUACCAACAGCUUCUGCCCCCCACUACAGUGAAGCACCAAGUUGAGCAACUUCAACCUGCCAAGGAGAGAUCUAUAUGAUCUUUUCUCCGGUAGCAUAUGUAAUCGCGGCAUUUUGAAUUAGGUUUAGUUUCUGUUUAUGUGGAGAGGGUGAAUGUUGAUGGCCUCUUUGUUCUGAUAUAAUAAUGUUUUUAAACAUGUAUGUUUUUUCAGUACCCUAGUUCGGCAAAUGAUUGUAUCACGCUUGCUGCAGAGUGGAGUUUAAUUUCAGUGGUACUUUGAAUGUAAUUAUUAAUGCAAUAUAGUUGAAAAUGUAUGCAGUUAAAAAUACAAUAGUUA